CGUCGACCCUAUCUCUUUCUCGUCGACCCUCUCUCUGUAUCGUCUCUCUUUCUCGUCGACCCUCUCUCUCUGUGUCGACCCUCUCUCUCUGUAUCGUCCCUCUCUCUCUCAUCGCUCAUCGCCAGCUCUCCGCCGCCAGCUCUCCGCCGCCAGCAGUCGUGCUUCAGCAGGUGGAGGUCGCGCCGCCUCCAUCUCCGCCAUUUGCAGUCGCCUCAGCAGCAACAGUUGCAGUCUGCUGAAAGCCCAAGGGCAGCUGCUGCAUUGAUGAUGGGUGAUGACAUGCACAAAUUGAGCAGAAGUCGUUUUGAAAGAGGGAAUUUUGGACUGAAUGGUGGAGUUGGAAUAACAAAUCCAGGUUCAAGGCAAAUUUACUUGACAUUUCCAGCUGAUAGUACUUUCAAAGAAGAGGAUGUUUCCAAUUAUUUCAGCACUUAUGGGCCUUUUCAAGAUGUGAGGAUUCCAUAUCAGCUAAAGAGGAUGUUUGGUUUUGUUACAUUUGUUUAUCCGGAGACUGUGAAGACCAUUCUUGCCAAAGGAAAUCCUCAUUUUGUAUGUGAUGCUAGGGUGCUUGUCAAGCCUUACAAAGAGAAGGGCAAAGUCCCAGAGAAGUUUAGGAAGCAACACCAACAGCAGAUGGAGAGGGGAGAAUUCACUGGAUGCGGUAGUCCUACUGGUCUGGACUCCAGUGAUCCUUAUGAUCUUCAGCUUGGUGCAAGAAUGUUUUACAACACUCAAGAUGCGCUGUGGAGGAGAAAAUUGGAAGAACAAGCUGAUCUGCAACAGGCAAUUGAGCUCCAAAGCAGGAGAUUGCUGAAUUUACAGCUUCUUGAUGUCAAAAGGAGCAACCAUCAUCGUGCCCUUUCCAUGAGUGCUGUUAUCCCAUCCCCACCGCAUUCUCCAGGCUUCUUCAAUCAAAAUAUGGUUCGCUCCACAGACUUUGGCAGCCGAGAAGAUAAUGGUUUUGCACUCAAUUAUGGAUCAUUUUGUUAACUUUAUAAUUUUGUGAUGGGAAUUAUUUGUUUUGUGAAUACAUGAUAACGUUGGAAUGUAUUAUAUAACUUAUGGAUA